AUGGAUUUCUGCUUGGAGGAGACUGUGCGUCCCGAACUGCGGCUGUAUUGUGGUACCCGCCCGGACGUGACAUUGAGCUGCAACGGUGGCCGCAAGCUCCUCGCUCAUCGGCGGGUAUUGUCAGAGGUAAGCUAUUUCGAAUCACUCUUCCAGGGCAAUUUCGCAGAGCGCGGAACUGACCACGUGCAGGUGGAGGAGGACCUAGAGCUCUUCUUGGAAGUUGUUCGCUGGAUCUACUGUCGCAGCGCCACUAGUGACAAGGACAUGGCUCUUGAUCUGCUACGCUUGGCAGAGUUCUAUGGCAUUGAUGGCCUGAUUGAGCAUGCCGCUCGGGUACUGGCUUCGCCUGCAAUGGGUGUCAUGGAGAAUUCGGAGCCCGAAGACGGGGUCGGCCAUGAUCAAGCCGAAGGGCAAGCAGAGCAGCAGGACUCCUUUGAUGAAUUGCCACCCGUGCUUGAGGCGGGAAGGGCUGACAGUACGACGGGUGUAGCUGCUGUAAAAAUGAAAGACGUUUAG